UGUGUGCAAACAGUUUAACAUGGCGGACAGUGGGUCCCUCAUAGCGGCUCUGCUGAGCUCCUUGCUCUCCCUGGAUGUUCCUCCGGACCUCGGGGCUCAGGUGGCCGAGCUGUACCGGCUCCAGACGGCCCUGCUGAGGCGGAGGAGGCUCCGCGAGAUGGUGGAGAGAGACCGGCGGAGGAGACAGUACCUGCGGAGGAGGAGGGCGUUCCUGCUCUCCUCCAUGGCCGGGAUCCUUAGCCUCAUCACGGUCACCAGGAGACCCGUGUGGGUCAUUAACCGGAGCCCGGCGCAGAACCUGUGGGCCGGGGCGCAGCACUUCGACGAGGAGGAAUGGAAGGCGCAGUUUCGGAUCUCGAGAGCGACGUUUGACUUCCUGCUCGAAGAGGUCGGUCCCGCCAUCAAACGACGCAGGACGAAUUUCCGCGCGCCCAUCGAACCGGACCGGAGGCUGGCCAUCGCCCUGUGGUGGUUCUCCCGAUCCGGGGAGUACCGAACCAUCGCCCAAAUGUUCGGUGUGGGCGUGGCCACCGUGUGUAUCGUAGUCCGGCAGGUCACCGCCGCCAUACUGGACCGCAUGUAUGAGCGUUACGUGUCGCUGCCCUCAGGUGAGAGGCUGGACGAAACCAUCCGGGCCUUUAAAGACCGCUGCUACCCGCAGUGUGCCGGGAUCAUCGGCGGGACUCACAUCCCCAUCUCCGCCCCGAGGGACAACCCCGACGACUACUACAACCAGAACGGCUGGCACUCGGUCAUCCUGCAGGCGGUGGUCGACCACGACGCCCGGUUCACAGACGUUUACGCCGGCUGGCCCGGCAGCACCAGCACGGCCUCGGUUCUGUCCAGCUCAGACCUGUUCCUGAAAGCAGAGGACCGGCCUGACGGGUACCUGUUCCCCAGAGAGAAAUCCAUCAUGUCAGACGGCGUGGAGAUCCCCGUCCAUCUGAUCGGAGACGAGUCGUUCCCUCUGAAGCCGUGGUUGAUGAAAGGAUACAGCCAACACCAUCAGCUGUCUCCUGAACAGCGCCGCUUCACCUACACCCUCAGCUCCGCCCGCUCCGUGGUCGACACCGCCUUCAUGCGUCUGAAAGGGCGUUGGAGGUGUCUGCUGAAGAAGACCGACAUCGACGUGUCCAUGAUGCCGCGCGUAGUGGCUGCGUGCUGCGUCCUGCACAACAUGUGUGAACAGCUGGGGGACUGUUUCCUGCCCGAGUGGAACGCCGACGCCAAUCCAACUGUGAUGAGUCUGAGACAACCGGACACGGAGCCGUACGAGGGAGACACGUACUGCACCGCCGAGGUCAUCAGGGACACCAUCACCUACAACCUGCUCACUAUCCUGCAGUACUGAACGCUAAACUGCAGGAAGGUUUCCUGCGUCAGACGCAGUGUCUAAACUGGACGUGUAAACGAUGUCAGUCUGGAACUGAAGUCGUGUCAUUAUUUGUUACCACGGAGACGUAAGGCUCAUCUCAACUAGCAGAGCGUGACGUCCAAACUAACCUAAACAUCAUAAGAAAUGAGGUAUGAACUGGAUGUGACCAAUGAGAGAGCAGCAUUUCUCUUCCUGCAGCGUCCCCGUGUUUCUUCUCGUAUGUUGACAUGAAUCUCCUGGUUUUGAUCGGGUUUUCAAGUUUCUGUGUUUCUUCAUGUAAACAUCAGAUCCUGAUUUCAAGAGACAAGAUUUAUCUACCUGGAGAACUUCUGUUUACUCAUUCACAAACACAAACUGUGAUGUUUGUAGGGUCUGUCAAAGCGUCAUGAGGGGGAACUAAAGCCGACAGCCUUCACAGCUGGUGAACAAUAACAGGGACAUCUAGUGGUGAGAUCUGAAACUACAACAGGUCACUUAACAGUCCUCUUUGAUUGGAGGGAUGAAAUGAUCUGGGCUCCCUCUUCUCCUCCAAGUUAUCACAUUGUUUAUAAGAUCAUCACCAUGACAACCAGACUGUAUGGAGGAUGUCACAUUUAAGGUGUAACUGCUGCCCACGCUGGAAUGACCUGAGCUGGUGACACACUGGACCAAGACUCUCUCAAGGUUCACACGCACAACUACAUGCACAGCUGCACACACACACAGAGCCAGGAUCAUUAGAGGUUAAUCAUCAUCAUGUGCAGGUUGGUCAUUAAGUUCACACCUUCGGGUGUCCAGGACUUCUGUUUGUGUUGCCGUGGUAAUAAACGGGUGUUGAUAUGUCACUUUGCAGGAGUUUUAUAUUCUGGUGUUGUGAAGGGAUGUUUCUAAUAAAGUGGAAUGGAAACCA